UCAACGCUGUCGCACGCGAGUCCGUAUUCGUCGUCGUCGUCGCCACGCCGUAGCCGAUUCUGCCACGGGGUUAUAUUUUGGAAGAAUUCGUCGCCAUAUAUCGGAUCGAAAGUGGAAUUACUAGAAGCGCGGUGUGUUUUGUUGUGCAGUCUCUUUCGUGCAGAGGGUGCCCCGCGCCGAAAAGCACCGCUUCUUCCGUCCCGAGCCGACCCGACCUUGUCGUCGGAGGCCAGAAGUGGGUUCAGAACUCCACACGCGUGUGCUACACAGCCCCAACCGUCGUCGCGCGGAUCCAAGAGCUGUCUCCUGUGGCUGUACGUCUUUGAGUUUCGUAGCCGUCGUUCGCUUUCGCGAUCAUUAGUCUGAAUGAUUGUUUGUUUUGUGCAAUUUCGAAAAGAAAAACCAAAAUGCUUUAAUUAAUUUAAUUAAAAUCCUCACUCAUUACUGUGUGUGAGUGCUCGCUCCUUGGUGUCUGCAAAUAUACAGAGCUCUUCCUGUGCCAUACUACGGUUUAUGUGCUUUGUGAGUUUAGUGCUAUUGUGCCUCGAAGAAGAGAGCGAAGAACAGGAGCUGAGCCAAGUGUUUGUGUUGUGAUGCCUCAAAAGUCGUUCUAACGACAUCAGAAACAGCAACAACAACGGCAAGCAGUCCACGCGCGCUGCCAUCGAACGACCUCAGCGCCAGCCGUGGUUGCGGCAAUAUACCGUCGCUCGAAAAGGAACUCGGCUAGCUGAGGCAAAAAGUUACACUUCAACUUCAAGCCACGGAAGCUGAUCCAAUCAAAAACGCGCGGGGCAUUGGAGAAGAAACCGGAGUCAGUGGCAAUUGUCACCGAGAUCAUAAAAAAAGAACCGAGCGUUGAAAAGUUGUCCCCCGAUUCCGUUCGUUUGUGGCGCGGAGAUUGUUAAAAAGAAAUAAUAGUACUCCCUCCCUAAUGCAUAUAGAAGAACGGCGAGUUAGCUGACGGGAGCAGUAGAAGACGAGAAAUUGGGAAGAAGUUUCAAGUGAAAAUAUUUAUAUGAUUUUAAUGAGAAUCAAGAUAAGAAAUAAUAGUUGGAAAAUAAUAAAUAAAGGCAAACAUUGGCUGAAGGAAGACUCCCGUUGUCGCUUUAGUCGUUAAAAGAUUUCCAAGUGAAGUAAGUGACUGCUGAAGUGAAUGGGUCCAAGAACGAUCGCACAUUUGUUUGCACCAUAGUUCGCGUAGCUGUUGUGUGCUCGAUGCAGGGGCUCAGACAGCCACCCCCGCUUCUUUAUCCGAGUGUUCGUGUUGUCACCUUCUCGUAGACCAGCCAGGCAGGCCACGUCCACCUACAACGUACCCACGGUUGCAGCACCUGCACUAUGCGAAGAAGCAACCGCCAAACAGCGUCCGAUCGGCAGCAGACGGCGCGCGCAAAUUGCUGAAAUGAAAUAUAUUUUGCGAAAAUUGAAAUUUAUUUAGAUACAGAUAAAAAGAAGUACGGUGCAAGACGAAGCAGAAGAGAGGCGAAAAAAUAGAAAAUUAUUUAUAAAUAAUAGCCGCGUGAAAAUAACAGCCAGAAGCGGCAAACGGCUUCAGCGAAAAAAAGAACAAAACUCCCACCGUGCAUAAAACAAGGGGGGAUUGCAGCGUUAUUGUGUUUUAGGAAAAAGCAAAGAGAAAAAGUGAACCGUGAAAAACCCCAACAAGAAAAAUAGUGACGGAAAAUCUAUCAAUUUUAUCAGGCUUGCGAGCGUUUCCCUAACCUCGUCUCGUCUGUCGCGCACCGACGACGUUGAGCCAAUACAAUCAAUAAAAUAACGAGUAUUUCCGCAGUUGCGAAAGCCCACAUUUAGCUAAUGGCUCACGAUUGAAAAAAAAGUGUGCAUUUAGGUGAUUAAAAAUAGUGCAACCUCGAAACAGCCCGUCGAACCGACUAAUGUUGUGAUUUUGCGCGCGCUUCGCUUGUGUUACAAAUAAGAGUUACAGUCAGUGUCAAGAAAAUCAAAAACCUGUCAAACCCCGGAACCUUCGACGGUUCCGAAGCCCCAUUCAAUCCAUUUUUUUGUUGCUAAGCGGUCCCUAGGGAACCGACCGGCAACGUGAGGAACCGAAAACCAAAAGCCGUCAAGCUGGCCGCGUCAAUAGCAAUGAACCCGCACUACCAUCCGUACUCGGAUUUGGGUUCUUCGCCACACUCGCCCAGCCCGGACAACAACAACUACCCGCAGCUAACGCCGCACCACAAUGGCCACGGUGGUGGCGGUGGAGCGCCUGGCAAUCCGAUGGGGGUCAGCCAGAUGGACAGCCAGGCGGCGGGUUUCCACGGCAUGGGCAAUGGUGGACCUGGUGGCGGCCCCGGCGGACCGGUGAAGCACUGCGGGGGAUGUGGAGGCAAAAUCACGGAACGGUUCUUCCUGCACGCGCUCGAUCGGUACUGGCACAACUCCUGUCUCAAAUGCUCCUGCUGUGGUGCCAUGCUAGCAGAUAUCGGUUCCAGUUGUUACACCCGCAGCGGCAUGAUCCUUUGCAAAGCAGACUACUCCAGGUUAUUCGGAACUGGAGCCUGCUCCGCCUGCCACCAAACGAUACCCGCCAAUGAAUUUGUGAUGCGAACGACAUCGCAAACGACGAUAAACAACAACCUGAACAACGCCAGCAACCAGAACGGGGCAAAUAACAACAAUAACAAUGGUCAAUCGGUCCCGCAGCAUCACGUGUUUCAUAUCAAGUGUUUUCAGUGCUCCAAGUGCGGGUGCCAUCUGAUGCAAGGUGACCGGUACUACAUGCUGGGAGGCAGUUUAGUGUGCGAACAGGACUGGCACAAGCUGGUCAAGAGUUCCAACGCCCAGACGAAUCCUCCGCUACGCAAGGGCAAGGUUGGGCGACCCCGGCGGUCGCGAGACUGA